CACUGACCUCGCUCUGCUGUGGCAUCUUCGAGCAGCUGCUGGGCUCCUCACGGGGCUCCCUUCUCUCUCUUCACUGGCUGAUGGAUCCCAAGGGGCUCCUCUCAUUGAGCUUCCUGCUGUUUCUCUCGCUGGCUUUGGAGUGGAGCUGUGGAAAAGGUGAGAGCUUGAUGAAUUGUCAAGAGGUCAUUCAUCAGUUGGGAUGCAAUGUGGCGCUGCCUCUGGCAUCUGAAGGGAUAAGUAAGAGCAUGAACAAGAGCAUCCACAUCCUCGUCACAAAGGCAGAAUCACCGCAAAAAAAUAUCAAGGAGAAAAUAGUGUCUGUGAAUCUGCCGGAAGGGGGCUCUCCACGCUUUCUGGAAGAUGGUUAUAAAUUUCAUCUGGAAAACCUGAGCCUGGAGAUCCUGGAAAGCAAGAAGAAAAAUGAGGGCUGGUACUUCAUGACCCUGGAGGAGAACUUUUCAGUUCGACAUUUUUGUCUGCACCUGAAGCUCUAUGAGCAAGUCUCCACUCCGGAAAUAAAGGUGUUGAACCGGACCCAGGAGAAUGGAAACUGCAGCUUGAUGCUGGCCUGCGAAGUGGAGAAAGGGGACCAUGUAGCUUACAGCUGGAGGGAGGAGGCCGGCACUGAUCCACCGAUCUCAGCCAACAGUUCCCACCUGCAUCUCAGCCUGGGCCCUCAGCAUGUCCACAACAUCUACGUCUGCACUGUGAGCAACCCCAUCAGCAACCAGUCACAGACCUUCACCCCAUUGUCCAAGUGCAUGCCAGAUCCUCCAGAACUAAGACCAUGGGGACUGUAUGUUGGGCUGUCCCUAGGAGUCAUCGUUGGUGUCAUCUUGACUCUCGAGGUGGUAGUGCUGCUGUUUAGAAGAAGAGGUAAAGCAAAUCAUUACCAGCCAACAACAGAAGCAAAAAGCCUUACUAUCUAUGCCCAAGUCCAGAAAUCAGGUUCCAUUCAGAAGAAACCUGAUCCCCUGCCAGCUCAGGACCCCUGCACCACCAUUUAUGUCGCUGCUACAGAACCUGUCCCAGAGCCUGUCCAGGAACCAAACUCCAUCACAGUCUAUGCCAGCGUGACACUUCCAGAGAGCUGACCCCACAGACUCAGUGAAGGGACUUUCUGAAGGAACAUCGAAGGGCCAGGAUAAACACUGCACUUGGCCCCGGGUCCCAAGCUCCUUGUGACACUCUGCACAUCUGUAUUCUUCUCAGAUCAACUCCCUGGUGAUGCUUCUUCCACGGCCACCUGUGGGAUGGACAAGGGGCUGAGGCUUUCCAAGUGCUCAGCCUCCUCCUCAAGGCCCAGCCCCAGAACAGAGAACUAAUGGUAUAGCUUUCCAGCUCUGUGGUAUAUCACAGACAGAAUGAGUUAUGCGGGUCCUGUGAGCUCAGACCUCUAGGAGUCUUGCUCCUUGCCGGGACUGGACAGUUAAGAGCCAAAGGUGGGAAACAGGGGUACCCAGUGCCUCUCAGACAGCUGCCCACCAGCCACGACACCUGGGACAGAUCAUGUGCCUGUGCUUGGUCCUGGGAGCCGACCCCACUCUCCACACAGCCCUGAUCAGGGCUCUGUGCCUCACUUUCUCUCUCUGGAUGGGCAGUGAAGGGUGAACUCCUUAUUAUAUGUAGAACACUCUGCGAUUAUUCUUUGAAAGAAGCUAAUAGAGUCAGUAUUUUAUCUGCAGAACCCAGAAGCUGAAGGGUCAAUAAACACAGCAAGACUGUGAAGUCUCUGAGCCUUGAAUAAUGGAAGGAAAAUCACCUAAGAGUCUUAAAAAGGCAUAGGCUAUUUAAGUAUAAUAUUAUAGAACAUAUAUGUACUUAUAUAUGUGGUAUUUAAGUAUUUAAGAAUUCUUAAAAGUAUUCAAUGCAGAUGGCAUUAGGUUUAAAGAAAUGUGACAAGUGUUUGUGGUGACACCAUUAUAUCGAAGUCGGAAUUAUCAGAAGUGAUCCCAGGCUGAUCUUUCACUUCUCCAAAUGAUUUUUAAAUCCCUAGUUGUCUGUUGACUUCAUUGAACAAGGAUGUUGAACAACUGCUGAGACCCUCUCGCCAUGUUCUGAACCCAUUUUACAUCCACGGCCUCAUCUGGUCAGGGUCUUUACCAGGCACCUGCGCCCCCCUCCUCAUGCUCAGUAGAAAAUGAACAUAUUGUAACCCAACAACCACAAAUAAUUCCAUGCUUCGUGACUUCAUGUUUCAGGCCACAGUCAGAAAGCGCCUCUUUCAGUGAAGUCCUAUUUUCUUCCUCUUCUCUGCUCUCGGACAGGCCCUCUUCCGUUUAAGCUCUUCUUUUUCAUAGGUUCUUGUAUGACCUUAGUGAACGUUGGUUAGGAAAUCACCAGCAGUCUCACAACCGUAUAAUGAGGGCCACUGACUUUUCAGCUCAAGGAUGCCGAGUUCCAGGUGCAGUGCUCUGGUCCUGCCAGAACUAGACCCUGACUCCUCCACUCCCUCCCCUGCCUCAGUUGGACUCAGCAACCCAAUAUUGCCAGUGCCCUGUCUGCACCAAACUGACCUCUUCCUUACCUUUUCCUUUCUUGUUUGUAAUUCAGAUUUUGGGACUGAGUGGCCAGUCCACACACCUACCUCCAAGGGAGGCUGGAAAUUGAAAAUCUGGCAUGUUCCACUUUCAUAGUGGUUGGUGGGCUCUGGCUCUUAGGAGUUAGGAAUUCUUCAAACAUAAGCAGUGAGAAUUAAUGCUGGGAAGGCAAAAAAAAAAAAAAAGUUCACUACACCACCUUUAUCUAAACUUAAGCUCGUUAACUGUCUAUUCUCAAAAACCGAUGAAGCUACUAUCAAGGAUUCAUAAACUCUGAGGUUAUAAACACUCAGGCCUUUACUACAACUCACAUUGUUCUAGUAGAUCAGUUCCCAACACUUGGGUUUUUCCUAUGGCUGAACUUCACCCGGUGGAAAGAAGGAAACAAAGUGGGGAAGAAGAAGUUAUCCCCUCAAAAUUCCCGGACCUAGGCUCAAGAGCUCACUGAGGAGGAUGGCUGUAUUGUGUGGACCCUCAGGCAGUCCUUCACAUGACUGUUGAUGUCCUGUUCUGCACCAUCAGGCUCCGGGUUCAAGUGGGAAAGCAGAUAACCCUCAGCUCACACCUGUCCCCGAAAGCACCGUGGAUGGGCUGGAGCGUUCCUUUUCUUCGGGCCUAAAAAAUGAAACUGAUACUUUAGAGUCCAGUUUCCCCAUGUUUCUUCUCUCAUAUCUUCUUUUGACUGAGCAUAUCUGAAUUCUGGAGAACUCAAGAGGAACAGACCAUUCUCGGGUUUAAGGGACUAGUAGUGCUCUGCAGGACAGCUAGGUGUGGCCCCAGGCCUGUUCAGGACACUCACUUUGGCCAUGCAAGCCAAUGCACUGGUAAAGGGUGCAUAUGGGGACUGAGGAACCACUGAUUACAGUAAGUUAUGUGUCUUCAUGUGUUUUUGUUUCUACCUCCUGGAUAUGAAUA